AUGUCGAUUUCCGUACAAGAGCUGGACAACACAGUCCGAGCCUUGUUUGAAGGCAAAGGAGCUGUGCAAAACCAAGCCCAGCAAACUUUGACAGAAUUCAAGCAGAAUCCCGAUGCCUGGGUCACCGUCGGCAACAUUCUCCAAGAGGCAUCAUAUCUUCAAACCAAAUACAUCGCCCUCCAAGUCCUCGAUAAUGUGAUCAUGACCCGGUGGAAGGUUCUACCACGAGAGCAAUGCCAGGGCAUCCGUAAUUUCAUCGUGCGAUUCAUCCUCGAGAAUUCCGAAUCCGAAGAGAAGAUUCAAGCGGAGCGCCCUCUGCUGAACAAGCUCAAUCUCGUUCUCGUUUCCAUUCUGAAGCAGGAAUGGCCGCACAAUUGGCCUACCUUCAUCAAUGAAAUCAUUUCUUCCUGUCACGCCAGUCUUUCAAUCUGUGAGAACAACAUGACCAUCCUCCGUCUGUUGUCGGAGGAAGUUUUCGACUUCUCGCAGGAUCAAAUGACCUCCGCCAAGGCACGGAACUUGAAGACAUCCAUGACCUCAGAAUUUGCAUCGAUCUUCCAACUGUGCUCCGAGGUUCUGAACACUGCGACCCAGCCCAGCUUGGUGAAAGCGACCUUGGAAACUCUCCUGCGAUUCUUGAACUGGAUCCCCUUAGGUUACAUUUUCGAAACCCCUAUCAUCAACACUCUCCUCACUCGAUUCCUCGGUGAGCCCGAAUUCCGAAAUGUGACGCUCAAAUGUCUGACCGAGAUCGGUGGCCUGCAAAUCGGCUCUCCUUACAACUACGAUGAACGUUUGGUGCACAUGUUCACCGAGACGCUCACCACCGUUUCCAAUGUCAUUCCCCUGUCAUUGGAUCUGAAGCAAACGUAUGCUAUGAGCAAUGGAAGGGAUCAGGAGUUUGUAUCGAAUCUGGCCUUGUUCCUCUCGAGCUUCUUCAGUGCCCAUCUGGAUCUCAUUGAGAAGUUGCCGAACCAGGAUUACCUCACCCACGCCCAUUUCUAUCUGAUUCGAGUCAGCCAAAUUGAGGAUCGGGAGGUGUUCAAGAUUUGCUUGGACUACUGGACAAGACUGGUGCAAGAGCUUUAUGAAGAGAUGCAGCAGCUCCCCAUCACCGACAUCAACCCGCUCGUAUCCAUGAGCGUUAGUGGCCUGGCUAACGGCGGCGCCCCCAACCCCAGUACCCUUGCGAACUACCCCCUGCGCAAGCACAAGUACGAAUCCGUUUUGACGAAUCUCCGCACUGUGAUGAUCGAAAAGAUGGUCCGACCAGAAGAGGUCUUGGUGGUUGAAAACGAUGAGGGAGAAAUUGUGCGAGAAUUCGUCAAGGAAAGCGAUACGAUCCAGCUUUACAAGACGAUACGCGAGUGCUUGGUCUAUCUCACCCAUCUCGACGUGGUUGAUACUGAAACCAUCAUGAUUGAUAAACUGUCUAAGCAGGUCGAUGGAAGUGAAUGGUCUUGGGUGAACUGCAACACGCUUUGCUGGGCAAUUGGUUCUAUCUCUGGGGCUAUGAACGAAGAAACAGAGAAACGUUUCCUGGUUACCGUAAUCAAGGAUCUCCUUGGCCUUACGGAGCAAAAGCGUGGAAAGGACAACAAAGCCGUGGUGGCGAGUAACAUCAUGUAUAUUGUGGGACAAUAUCCUCGGUUCCUGAAGGCUCACUGGAAGUUUUUGAAGACGGUCGUCAACAAGCUUUUUGAAUUUAUGCACGAGACCCACGAGGGUGUGCAAGAUAUGGCUUGCGAUACUUUCAUCAAGAUUGCCAAUAAGUGCAGGCGGCAUUUCGUGGCCCUUCAGCCCGGGGAGAACGAACCCUUCAUUGAAGAAAUUGUCCGAAACAUGCGAAAGAUCACCAUGGACCUUUCCCCUCAGCAGAUUCAUACUUUCUAUGAAGCUUGUGGCUACAUGAUCUCAGCUCAAGGUCAAAAGGGACUUCAAGAUCGCUUGAUUGAGAACUUGAUGGCGCUUCCCAAUACUGCCUGGGAUCAGAUCAUUGCGGAAGCAAACCAAAACCCGGCCGUUCUCCAAGACGCCAACACCAUCAAAAUUGUCGGAAACAUCAUGAAGACCAAUGUUGCCGCCUGCUCCUCGAUUGGCACCUACUUUUAUUCACAGAUUGGCCGGAUCUAUCACGACAUGUUGAACAUGUACCGCGCUGCCAGUCAGCUCAUCAACGACGCCGUUGCAAGUGAUGGAGCUAUCGCACCAAAAACCCCAAAAGUCCGCGGACUUCGGACAAUCAAGAAAGAAAUCUUGAAGCUCAUCGACACCUACGUGGACAAGACAGAUGAACUUGAGAUGGUCAAUGCCAACAUGGUGCCACCGCUCAUGGAAGCAGUCUUGAUUGAUUAUGCCCGGAACGUUCCCGAUGCCCGAGAGGCCGAGGUCUUGAAUGCCAUGACCACGAUCAUCCACAAGCUUCACAAUCUGAUGGAGGAUAAGAUUCCAGCCAUCAUGGACAGUGUUUUCAACUGUACUCUUGAGAUGAUCAACAAGGACUUCCACGAGUACCCUGAACAUCGGGUCGAAUUCUUCAAACUGCUUCAAGCAGUAAAUCUGUACUGUUUCCAGGCUCUUCUGAAGCUUGAUGCUGCGCAGUUCAAAUUUGUCAUUGAUUCAUGCAUGUGGGCAUCGAAACACGACAACCGUGAGGUUGAGAAUACCGGCCUUACAAUGUGCCUGGAGCUGAUGAACAACAUGGCGGAAACUGACCCACAAACCUCAAGCAUUUUCUUCCGCGAGUUCUACGUUCCGAUCCUUCAGGACGUAUUCUUCGUUCUCACCGAUAGUGACCACAAGGCUGGAUUCAAAUCCCAGGCCAUGCUUUUGUCGCGCAUGUUUUACUUUAUUGAAUCCGGCAAGAUCCAGGCGCCCAUCUAUUCUGCCGAUCAAGCCCCAGCUGGAACUUCAAACAAAGACUUCUUGCAGGAACACAUUGCAAGCCUGCUCAAGAAUGCAUUCAGCAACCUCCAAGAAGCGCAAAUCAAGCAGUUUGUCCUCGGGCUGUUUGCCUACACUGGUGAUUUGAACAAAUUCAAGACUCACCUCCGUGACUUCCUGAUCUCCUUGAAGGAGUUCUCUGACGACAAUGCGGAGCUUUACGCGGAGGAGAGAGAACAGGCGGUGCGCGAUGCCCAGGUUGCUGAGCGUGACCGAGCCAUGAAAGUAGGUGGUCUGUUGAAGCCAUCAGAGAUGGAUCAAGAAGAUGAGCUAUGA